AUGUCGCGGUUAGUUCAUAUCUAUCUAUCUAUCUAUCUAUCUAUCUAUCUAUCUAUCUAUCUAUCUAUCUAUCUGUUUGUACGUCUGUCUCAGACUGUUCUUAUCUAUCAGACUAUUCAUAUCUAUCUAUCUAUCUAUCUAUCUAUCUAUCUAUCUAUCUAUCUGUCUCAUGAUAACACCCCGAAUAAUAUAAAUAAUCUAUCUAUCUAUCUAUCUAUCUAUCUAUCUAUCUAUCCCGUCCUGGAUAUGACGAUAAACUACAUCCGCGUCCAGGAUGAGGAUAACAGUCCGAAUAAUGCAAAUAAUGCAUCUAUCUAUCUAUCUAUCUAUCUAUCUAUCUAUCUAUCUAUCUAUCUAUCUAUCUAUCUCAUACUGUUCCUAUCUAUCUGUAGUAGGUUGUUCUUAUCUGUCUGUCUAUCUCUCUAUCUAUCUAUAGAGAGAUUUAAGGCCUAA